CCUCAAACCAUUUCAUCAUUCUACUUACAAUAUUUAUUUUCUUCACAAUUUCAAAUUCCAUCCUAUGGCAUCCAACGUUCAAUACUUCUUUUUCUUCUCUUUUAUUACUAUAUGGCUCUCUUCAACUAUCGCAUAUGCUCAAGUUGAUGGGUUGGCUAGCUAUUAUACUCCUCCUUACACGCCUUCUGCUUGUUAUGGGUAUGAGGACCAUGGGGUGAUGAUAGCAGCAGCAAGUGAAGCUAUUUUUAACAAUGGAGCAGCUUGUGGGCAAUAUUAUCAAGUGACUUGCAUAAGUGGGACAAAUGCUGGGACCCCACACCCUUGUUGGGGAAGUGGGACAGUGGUGGUGAAGAUUGUAGAUCGUUGCCCUGAUGGGUGUAGGAGCACCAUUGAUUUGUCUCAAGAAGCUUUUGCUUCCAUUGCAGACCCUAACUCUGGUGUUAUUAACAUCUCUUACCAACGGGUUUAAAAGAUAUAUGCUCCAAGAAAAUCUGGUGUUCUUAAGGAAGUGACACUGCCAAUCAGAUUUUUUUUUUUUUUAAUUAUUGAAUUUGUUGAAGAAUUGUACUUCAUGCAUGUAUUUGACUGAUUAUGCGUUGUGUGUUAGCAGAAAUAGAAUGAAAUAAAUUACGAGCCGA